AUAGAGAAACAGCAUAGAGCGACGAGAGGAGGAGGCGGCGGCGUCAAGAGCAAUAAUCAUCAUCUGAUUUUGAGGUGGAAAUGGAUCCAGAUUCAGUAUCAAAGGCUUUCGUCGAACAUUAUUACUCUACCUUCGAUACCAAUCGAGCCGGUCUCGCUAACUUGUAUCAGGAUGCGUCUAUGCUAACCUUCGAAGGCCAGAAGAUCCAGGGAUCGGUCAACAUCGUCGCCAAAUUGACCAGCCUCCCCUUUCAACAGUGCAAGCACAGCAUCACCACCGUCGAUUGCCAACCUUCCGGCCCUUCUGGUGGCAUGCUUGUUUUUGUCAGUGGCAAUCUCCAACUAGCGGGCGAGCAGCAUGCCCUCAAGUUCAGCCAGAUGUUUCAUCUUAUGCCAACACCCCAAGGCAGCUUUUAUGUACUGAAUGACAUUUUCCGCUUGAACUAUGCUUAAGAGAUGGUGAUAUCCAAAUGGUUAGCUAUUGGCAUUCUUAUCUUGCCUCAAUGAUUUUAUUUCUGUUUUAAUGUAUUUUGCGGAGAAUGUUCCAAAUCAGCUUUUGGCAUUUAUUUGUUAUCGGAAUUUUAUGUAUUUUUGCAGACUGAGGAAGUUCUUAAACUUACAAUUCUCUGAUUUUAUCA